CGCUCUGAUCCGCACAGCAACACAAACGCCAUCUUUAGCCAACUAAGUGCUGUACUGAGGCAGAGUUGUGGAUCGAAACUAGGUCAGACGCCUGGAAAACUCGAAGACUUUUGGAGAUCUCCCGUCGGAAGCCUCCUCGGUUGGUGUUCAGUAAGGCCCGGCCACACCGCACUGUCGUAUGGUCCAAUGUGUUUGAUCGCUCGGCCAGCCCGUACGCAGUUUUAUUUUGUCGGUCCAGGUUGAAAGUGGUCCUCCGUAAAUAAACAACCAACGGUGGAGCUGAAAGCCAGGAUGAAACGUGGUCUCCAAGAGAAUGAGCAGGAGGAAGGAGGAAGCCCCAGUGGGGGGUAUCAGAAGAGUAUCAAAUGGUCAUCUAAGCAGGAUGGAGAGAAAGAACUGGAAGAGCAAGGAGCCAGCUGGGAGUGUUUGCCGCAGGAGAUCCUGCUUCACAUUUUCCAGUACCUCCCACUGCUGGACAGAGCUUAUGCUUCUCUGGUGUGCCGGGGCUGGAAUCACACCUUCCACAUGCCAGAGCUGUGGCGCUGCUUUGAGUUUGAGCUGAACCAGCCGGCCAGCUCCUACCUGAAGGCCACACACCCGGAGCUCAUCAAGCAGAUCAUCAAAAAGCACUCCAACCACCUCCAGUACGUCAGCUUCAAGGUGGACAGCAGCAGAGAGUCUGCAGAGGCGGCGUGCGACAUCCUCUCUCAGCUGGUGAAUUGUUCUUUGAAAACCCUGGGACUCAUAUCCACAGCCAGGCCCAGCUUCAUGGAGAUGCCCAAGUCUCACUUCAUCUCUGCUCUGACGGUUGUUUUCGUCAACUCCAAGUCUCUCUCCUCCCUGAAAAUCGAUGACACCCCUGUGGACGAUCCGUCCCUCAAAGUCCUGGUGGCCAACAACAGCGACACACUCAAGCUGCUGAAAAUGAGCAGCUGCCCUCAUGUUUCACCUGCAGGCAUCAUGUGCGUGGCCGAUCAGUGCCACGGCCUGAGAGAGCUGGCUCUGAACUACCACUUGCUGAGCGACGAGCUCCUCAUCGCGCUCUCCUCGGAGAAGCACGUUCACCUCGAGCACCUUCGCAUCGACGUGGUCAGCGAGAACCCGGGCCAGCAGUUCCACACCAUCAAGAAGAGCAGCUGGGACGCCAUGGUGCGCCACUCCCCCAAAUUCAACCUGGUAAUGUACUUCUACCUCUACGAGGAGGAGUUCGACCCUUUCUUCCGCGACGAAAUCCCCGUCACGCACCUGUACUUCGGCCGCUCCGUCAGCAAAGACGUGCUGGGCCGCGUCGGGCUCACCUGCCCGCGUCUGGUGGAGCUGGUGGUGUGCGCCAACGGGCUGCGGCCUCUCGACGAGGAGCUCAUCCGCAUCGCCCAGCGCUGCACGCAGCUGUCCGCCAUCGGCCUGGGAGAGUGCGAAGUGUCCUGCAGCGCCUUCGUGGAGUUCGUGAAGAUGUGCGGAGAGAGACUGAAGCAGCUGUCCAUCAUGGAGGAAGUGCUGGUUCCGGAUCACCGUUACGAGCUGGACGACAUCCACUGGGAGGUGUCGAAGCAUUUGGGUCGGGUCUGGUUCCCUGACAUGAUGCCUACGUGGUAGAGAGCUGGAGAAUGGAAAGGUUUGGUGAGGGGCUAAUUUGGUUUUUUUGUGCGCAGAUUCUUAUUUUUACAGGUACAACAGAAGAAGAAAUUACGUCUUUUUAAAUCUUAUUUUGUUUUUAAUUUGAUCUAGCUGAUGCAUUUAUAUAAUUCAAUCACUUAUAUCAUUUAGCAUUUUCUUCCUCUGAGCCCUUCAGACCUGUUGUUGUUAUUUACACAUCAGUUAGUAGCGUGAACUGAUGGGUGUAACUGGAAUUUGAGGAAUUAUGUUCAAGACAGAAGUUGCCCCACAUCUGUGUUGGCGACAUGCAGGCAGAUAUCUUUUUUUGUAUAUAUGGUAAUUUUUUUUAUAUAUAUAUUUUUUGCCUUUGUAAGGGCAUAACUACAAUCCUUUUAAUAAAAGGAAGUAACUUCACAGAGAUGAAUUUUACAAAGACAAUUGUUGUCAUCACACUAAAUGCACAAUGUGUGUGAAAUCGGUUUGUGUAAUCAUCUUCGUCGUGGAUUAAAGAUAAAAUAAAUUUGACGGGGUGAUCAGCAUGAUAAGCUAAGAGGGUUUUUGGUUAAUCGCUCUGCAAACGUUUGUGGAUUUUUUUUUUUUUUUAAUUUACGUUAUUGUCGGGGUGUAAUUGCUAACUGGUCUUUGCAAAGAGGCUUUGUGUGGCCCAGACUGGGUGGUGGUCAUGAGACAGCAGUCUGGUAUGCAGCAGCAGAGGUGGAUUCUGUCUUGAAAUUAUGGUUUUGUUUCUUCUAACCUCUCCAGCUUUCCCUCGUAAAGCCACUAUUCCCUGUGGAUUGAUUCACUACCACUUGUUAUUUUUGUGUUCCAAAGAUAGCCUAUCUCCUUUUGAAACAUUAACUGGCUGGCCAUGAUGAGCUUGUAAAUAUCUCCGAGUUGCACCAUGUUUUUUUUUUUUUUUUCUCUCUCUCUUUUAUGCAUUGUAUGACAAAUUAUCCUGUUGAAACUGUAAAGAAAAAAGUGUUAAUAUUUGAAAACGUAUACAUGAAAGAAACCCUAAUUACAGACAUUAAUAUGCAGUAAACUUGUACAUACAACGUAUAACUUUAAUGCACUUUUUCUCUAAUGAAGGUCUCCAAGCUUGGCAAAGUAAGCCCAUGCAGCCGCAGAGGUCAUUUCUUUCUGUUGUCACAAACUCUCUUUGUAGAUUACUUGAAUGUCUGUUGUUUUUUUUAAGACUUAUUUUAAUUUUUUUUUUACAUUCUAAGUCUAAUGAAUAUAACUGAUUAUUUAUUAUACGAGUAGAAAAUCCCUUUGGCAAGAGAAACUUGCCUAACAACACAAUGAAAUUAUGUGCUACUAUUAAUACAAAUGUCUAUCUGAGAAGGAUUUUCUAAUUUAGUUUUUGUAGCUUGUAUUGUAAUAUCGAAUGCAUUUAAUACUGGUAAAGGAAACAGAAAAAGGAGACUGCAUCACGAAUCACUGAUAAGAUGUAUGGAUGUUGUUAAAUUCCAGAGAUAAACAUAUUUAACUAGUUAAAUUUGUAAAAACUUCAAAUUUAGUAGCGUGAUGCUCUGUUAAUAGACCCAUCCCUGUCUUUAUGCGUGUUCUUUCCUUUUAUGAUUCAUCCCGUUUGUUCGAAAACCGAAUGAAAAUACGUUCAGAACAUAUUUCUUUUUCUUUGUAAAUACACGCCAUCUGCUGGUUAGUGUGGUUA